UGCGCUAUCCAUAGCGAGGCUAUUCAAACAAAAUGGCGGUGUACAACAGUGAUCACACUACUGCUUCUAGUAAAGAGAUCGCAGUUGUUAGUGGCAUACAGAUGGCAGCGUUAGCUCUAGCAGGCGUAUUUGCCAAUUAUCUACUUGCGGAUGUGACAUUUGUUACCAAACCUGUUCUUGCCUUUAAGAUUUUCACGUUCGUCUACGCACCGCUUUGCUUUACUUUGCUGUUGUCACGAACCAAGUCUAAAUGGACGCUGAUGCAGUUGGUCAAGCUUCCCAUCAUUAUAACAUUAUUUGCAGCAUUCUUUCAUAUCAUAGCAGUAUUAUAUGGAGCUCCAUUUUUAGAGAAAACAGAAGAGACCUUUGUUUGGGGACUAGUGAUGGCUAUUCUCCUAGUCGCACCCUUGUGUGCUGUUUUUGGUACUGAACUUGAAGUCUUUGUAAGAAUGUGCAGCAGUAGUUGGUAUGAGUAUAGCCUAGAAUCCUACUUUCAACAGUGCAUAAUUAUGACAGUCUUUGGAGCAUGGAUAGGUGCAUUUACAAUCCCUUUAGACUGGGAUAGGCCAUGGCAGGUCUGGCCUAUACCUUGUGCGAUUGGAGCUUUACUUGGUAACACCACAGGGCUUAUCACAUCGUGCAUAGCUUUCCUCCAAUCUGAACAAAGAGGCUUGAAAAGAAAAUAUUUUUAGUGAAUAGAGAGAUGUUAUUUGUGAACCCCACCCAAAAAAACUUAUCGUGCCAUAUACUGGUAUCAAAAAUUAUGCAAAGGGAUUUUUUUUACAUUUUUAUACGUGGUCCCUUUUUUUUUCUUUUUGUGUUUAAUCUAAGAUAUCAGACGUCUGUGGAAGAUGCUAUUACACAUAGAUUUUCAAAAUGUACAACCUUAUUUGAAAUAGAUUUAUGUGUAAUUAUGCCUGCUCUAUUUGAUGUAUUAUAUUUGAAUAAAUACAAUAAAAAAACAGUAGUGGA